AUGGAAAUCAUUAUCCUCUCUAAAGAAAUAGUGAAACCAUCCAAACCAACACCUCCAAACCUAAGAAACCACAAACUAGGCAUUAUUGAACAACUAGUAUUUGAACUAUGCAUCUCACCUAUCUUUUUCUACAAAAACAACAACCCACUUUCAGAAAUAAAUAACACAAAUAUUGCUGACAGUCGCCUCAGGAAUUCCCUCUCGGAAACCCUAACCCUAUUCCAUCCGCUUGCUGGCGAGCUCAGUUCAGAAGAUCCAACUUCUGUGGAUUGUAACGAUAAGGGAGUUCUUUACGUGGAGGCACGCGUAAAGGGUGUUAGUCUAGAUGAGUUCCUUCAAAACCCUAAUCUAUCACAACUCAUUAACUUCCUUCCACAAAAUGGUAGCAUGGGUAGCAAGAUGAACUAUGUUCAAACUCUUGAAACCCUAGUUUCUUUACAAGUUACUAGGUUUGAUUGUGGUGGGAUGGCAAUUGGUGGUGUCUUGUUUCAUAAACUCUUGGAUGGAUCUACCAUGAGUAAAUUCUUCAAAACAUGGGCUCAGAUUGCGCGUGGCGAUGAUGGUGGGGUUGAAAAGACCGCGCCUCUUGAUUUCACAUCAGCAUCACUGCAGUUCCCGACUCAAAAUCUUCCUCAAACAUUUCUGAAGAAAUGGAACAUGUUAUUUUUCAACGAGGGUAAGUCCCUCGUUAGAAGAUUUGUGUUCGAUGCCAGAGCUAUCGAAUCCAUUAAGACGAAAGUGUCUAGUGAAAAUGUACCUCAUCCAACUCGAGUCGAGGCAUUAACAACUUUCAUUUGGAAACACAUGGCUUUAGCAACAAGAAGAGUAAAAGGAAUUAGCUCAACACCAUCCAUGGUUACACACAUUGUGAACUUGAGAUCAAGAAUUGAACCACAAUGUCUUAAUGCUUUUGGUAAUUUGAUCUUUAUAGCAAUGAGUGAUGUUAUAGAAAUGACUAAAUUGGAUUUGCCUCACUUGGUGGGAUUAGUGAGAAAGAUGUUUGAGAAUAUGAAUGGUGAAAACUUGAAGGUAUUAGGAGGUGAUAAUGCUAUUGAUUUUCUUGUGGAUAUAGCUACACAAGUUGGGAAGUUGUUGCCAAAUAAUUUAGAUACUUAUAAGUUCACAAGUUGGUGCAAUUUGGGACUUUAUGAUGUUGAUUUUGGAUGGGGAAAACCUAUUUUUGUUGCUCCAUUUAUUGACACUAUUGGCUCAUUGAAUAAUAAACAACAAAUUAUUCUUGUGGAAAAUGGAAAGAAUGAUGGAAUUGAAGCUUGGAUACUUAGAAACAAUGAAGAAAUGUUUGAGUUGGAGAAUGAUGAGGAAUUUCUAGCAUUUGCAUCUCCAAAUCCUAGUGUUCAUGCCUAUUGAAUAUUGUUCAAUUUUAUUGGAUGUCAUUAACAAAAAAGAUGGAAAAAAUUUCGAUGAAUAUCUGAUAUAUAGGAAAUUCAUCAAAAUUUGGAUUGAUGAUCUCCUUUUCUGGAUGUAUGUCAA